UAAUAUGUGACAAGAACAGAUUUACAUUGUAUGACAGACAAGGAGCUCACUAAUGUGCGAUAAAGACAGCAAUUGAUUUCAAUUCUAUUAUCUUAUCGUUAAUUUCAGUGUUAAAGUUUUAUUGACGAAAAAAAUUAAUUAAGGAACAAACUUUUGCAAUUGUAUCUCCAUCCCCUUCUUCAUCUCUUUAUUAUCUAUGUCUAAUCAAAUAAUGUUGUUUGUAUAACAUUGAUGAAACACAGUUUUGUGUUGCAUAUAUUGUAUUCAUGAUCUACUAAAUCGUAUUAAUAAUAUGAAAUAAAUUAUCAUUAAAUUUAAUAGCAAAUUUGACAAAAUAGUAAUACUUUAUUGAUAAUAUUACACAUUUUAUAGAAAUGGUGUAAAUACUAGAAUCAGAAUAAAAAUGACAACUUUUCAAACUCAACUUUUAUAUGCUUUAGGAAGUAAAAUAAAAGUUCUGUCAGAGUUAAAGAAAGUGUUUGUUCGUCCUUUGAUACAAAUUGCUGUAAAAACAAUAAAUCAAGAAUACAUAGAAGAAGGCAUAUUAGAUAGAAUAAGUCAAAAAUACAAUAUACCAGAUGAAACUGUGGAUGAAUAUUAUUCAGUCAUUUUUACAAUAUUAAAGAUACAUUUAGGCACAUUAUCACAAAAUAUAAAACCUGCAGAAUUUAAACAAACAUUAGAGGAAUUAAAAUUAUCAUCAGAAUGUAUUGAUGAUUUAUCUACAGUUGUAUAUGGUCAGAAGCGACCAGAAUUAAUAUUAGGAUUAAUACAGAAAACAAAAUUUUAUCCGCAUCUAAUAGGUUGCAAGUGGCGUAUUGAUAUUACUAUUUCAUCUAGCAUAUUGAACAGAGUCUUGGAACCACAUAUUAUAAUGGAAUGGAUAUUUAAUAAUGGAAAGCAUCAAAUAUUUGAAUUGUCAUUAUCAAAAUUUCACCAACUGAGACAUGCUAUAGCAACUAUACUUGUUGAUAUGCAAAAGAUUGAGAAACAAUGUGCUUCAAAAAAUAUUCUGUGUAGUUGAUGGUACAAAAAUACCAAUAUACAUUAUAUAUGUUUUUCAUUGUAACCUUGUGCAAUAUUGUAUUACAAAUAACAAAUAAGAUGUAAAAUAUUCUUUGUACAACAUUACAUGUAAUAACAUAAAGAAUUAAUAAAAUCAACAGACUUUUC